CUCUUAAGCCCCUAGCUUCAACACCCCCUCGCCACGUUCUUCUCCCCUGUUCUACCCUUCAGCACCAUCUGGGCAUCGACAGCUCCUCGGUGUCGGCCCCACCUUGAGCCCCUGUUCCACCUUCUACCGCUUCAGCACCUCCGGCGCGGACAGCUCCUCGCUGUCGCCUCCACUCCCGGCCCUGGGCCGGACCCGGGAGCAGACGCUCCCCGGCGCCCGCUCACGGGGACGAGUCCUGCUCUCUGCUAUCCCAGACCCCUUUCUCUGGAGCAUGGAGAACCUGGGGGUCGGCGAAGGGGCAGAGGCGUGCAGCAGGUUGAGUCGCUCUCGCGGCCGCCACAGCAUGACCAGAGCCCCGAAGCACCUGUGGCGGCAACCCCGGCGCCCCAUCCGCAUCCAACAGCGCUUCUAUUCGGAUCCGGACAAGUCCGCGGGCUGCCGCGAGAGCGACCUGAGCCCGCGGCCCGAGCUCAGGAAGUCUCGGCUCUCCUGGCCCGUUUCCUCCUGCAGGCGCUUUGACCUGGAAAAUGGGCUCUCGUGCGGGAGGAGGGCCCUGGACCCUCAGUCCAGCCCUGGCCUGGGCCGGGUUAUGCAGGCUCCAGUCCCGCACAGCCAGCGGCGCGAGUCCUUCCUGUACCGCUCAGAUAGCGACUAUGAACUCUCGCCCAAGGCCAUGUCUCGGAACUCCUCUGUGGCCAGCGACCUACAUGGAGAGGACAUGAUUGUGACGCCCUUUGCCCAGGUCCUGGCCAGUCUGCGGACCGUUCGGAGCAACGUGGCGGCCCUUGCCCGCCUGCAAUGCCUAGGAGCAGCCAAGCAGGGACCCGUCGGAAACCCUUCAUCCAGCAAUCAGCCCCCUCCGCCUGCAGAGGACACGGGGCAAAAGCUGGCAUUGGAGACGCUAGACGAGCUGGACUGGUGCCUGGAUCAGUUGGAGACGCUGCAGACCCGGCACUCGGUGGGGGAGAUGGCCUCCAACAAGUUCAAGCGGAUCCUGAACCGGGAGUUGACCCACCUGUCCGAAACCAGCCGCUCUGGGAACCAGGUGUCCCAGUACAUCUCCCGGACCUUCCUGGACCAGCAGACUGAGGUGGAGCUGCCCAAGGUGACCGCUGAGGAGGCCCCACAGCCCAUGUCCCGGAUCAGUGGCCUACGUGGGCUCUGCCAGAGUGCCAGCCUCUCCUCAGCCACUGUCCCACGCUUUGGGGUCCAGACUGACCAGGAGGAGCAGCUGGCCAAGGAGCUAGAAGACACCAACAAGUGGGGACUUGAUGUGUUCAAGGUGGCGGAGCUAAGUGGGAACCGGCCCCUCACAGCUAUCAUAUUCAGCAUUUUUCAGGAGCGGGACCUGCUGAAGACAUUCCAGAUCCCAGCAGACACACUGGCCACCUACCUGCUGAUGCUGGAGGGUCACUACCACGCCAGUGUAGCCUAUCACAACAGCCUACAUGCCGCCGACGUGGCCCAGUCCACGCAUGUGCUGCUGGCUACGCCCGCCCUCCAGGCUGUGUUCACAGACUUGGAAAUCCUGGCUGCCCUCUUUGCAAGUGCCAUCCAUGAUGUGGACCAUCCUGGGGUCUCCAACCAGUUUCUGAUUAACACCAACUCAGAGCUGGCGCUUAUGUACAACGACGCCUCGGUGCUGGAGAACCACCACCUGGCUGUAGGCUUCAAACUGCUGCAGGCAGAGAACUGCAAUAUCUUCCAGAACCUCAGUGCCAAGCAGCGACUGAGUCUGCGCAGGAUGGUCAUUGACAUGGUGCUGGCCACAGACAUGUCCAAACACAUGAACCUCCUGGCCGACCUCAAGACCAUGGUGGAGACCAAGAAGGUGACAAGCCUCGGUGUCCUCCUCCUGGACAACUAUUCCGACCGAAUCCAGGUCUUGCAGAACCUGGUGCACUGUGCUGAUCUGAGCAACCCCACCAAGCCGCUGCCCCUGUACCGCCAGUGGACGGACCGCAUCAUGGCCGAGUUCUUCCAGCAGGGAGAUCGCGAGCGUGAGUCGGGCCUGGACAUCAGUCCCAUGUGUGACAAGCACACAGCCUCAGUGGAGAAGUCCCAGGUGGGUUUCAUUGACUACAUCGCCCACCCACUGUGGGAGACUUGGGCUGACCUGGUCCACCCAGACGCACAGGACCUGCUGGACACGCUGGAGGACAAUCGAGAGUGGUACCAGAGCAAGAUCCCCCGAAGUCCCUCAGACCUCACCAACCCCGAGCGGGACGGGCCUGACAGAUUCCAGUUUGAACUGACUCUGGAGGAGGCAGAGGAAGAGGAUGAGGAGGAAGAAGAGGAAGAGGAGGGGGAAGAGACAGCUUUAGACAAAGAGGCCUUGGAGUUGCCUGACACUGAACUCCUGUCCCCUGAAGCCGGCCCAGACCCUGGGGACUUACCCCUCGACAACCAGAGGACUUAGGGCCAGCCCUGCGUGAACUGCAGGGGCAGUGGAUGGUAAAGCCCUUUGGCUCUUGGCAGGCAGACUUUCCAGGAAGAGGCUCCAUGUGGCUCCUGCUUCACUUUCCCACCCAUUGAGGGAGACAAUCAAGCUUUUAGUUAUAGGUGGCUCCCAGGGUCUAAUUGGAGGCACCUGGCUGGGGUCCACUCUGACCCCAGACUUGCCUAAAAGAGCUCUCUAAGGGGCAGCCUCUUACAAUGCCCUUGGUGUCUUUCUCCUGGGCUUCUAUCCCUGUGAGGAGAGGUGCCGUCUGCUGGAGCCUCUAGUCCACCCUCUCCAGUGGUCACUCUUGAGCCACAUCUGUCACUUAAUUAUUUCCUUCUUUAUCAAAUAUUUAGUGCCCAUCUA